GUCUCCCUCACGCCCCCUCUUUUUCUUCAUCCCCUUCUCACGAUCCCCCACGGAUCGCAUCCACUUCUUCCUUUCUAUCUCUUUCAUCAGAUCGCGAAACCCGCGACCCAAAUCGCUCCACAAAUACCCUCGAUCCACCAGUCCCUGCGUCACGUUGUCUUCCUCCCAGAUUGAUCGGUCCACCUCCCGAUCUCUCCUUCAGCGUCGAGCUCGAUCCGGCAUAGGUAGGGUCUUUCUUCGCGCGUUCGUUUGUUGCGGGAAACCGCCGUGGAGGGGCUUGCAGACGGUGGAUCUGAAGGCGGGUGUGGCGGUGGCGUGUUACUUGUUCUAGGGUUUGAUUCGGUGGAAUUAUAGACGGGUAGACUGGAGAGGAAUUGAUGGUUGGUGGCGUCGGCGGAGGGAUCGGAGAGGGGACGAUGAAAGGCUAUGCAUGGGCGGGAGGGUGAGGAGAGGAAACGGCGGCGGCACAUGUGGCCGGUACCUGCGCCCGGUACAGCAGCAUCAGCGUCAUCGUCGUCAUCAGCUCCUCCACCUUCUCUAGCUUUUCCGGAGAACCCCUCCUCGGAGUCGGAUUCCUCUCGGUCCUCUUGCGAUUCGUUCCUAAAGGAUGGGCGUAAAAUUCGAGUUGGUGAUUGUGCUCUUUUCCAGGCCGGCAAUGCACCUCCUUUCAUUGGAAUAAUUCGCUGGUUUACAGAAGGCAAGGAGGAUCACCUUCGGUUAUGUGUUAAUUGGCUUUACCGACCUGCUGACAUUAAGCUUGCCAAAGGUGUAUUGCUUGAAGCUGCUCCAAACGAAGUUUUUUACUCCUUCCACAAGGACGUGAUAACUGCAGCUUCAUUGCUUCAUCCUUGUAAAGUAGUGUUUUUACGUAAGGGUGUCGAGCUUCCAGCAGGGGUAUCAUCAUUUAUAUGCAGACGAGUAUAUGACAUUACUAACAAGUGCUUGUGGUGGUUGACUGAUCAAGACUAUAUCAAUGAACGACAAGAGGAAGUAGAUCAGCUUUUGGACAGAACUCAAUUAGAAAUGCACGCAGCAGUUCAGUCCGGUGGACGUUCACCUAAACCACUUAAUGGUCCAUCAAGCACACAACAGUUAAAAUCUAGUUCAGAGAGUGAUCAUAAUACUGGCCCUUCUCUCCCGUUUCAAUCGAAGUUGAAGAAGAGAGACAGGAGUGAUCAGGGCACAGAGCAUAUCAAGAGAGAGCGGUCUUCUAAACCAGAUGAUGGUGAUUCAUGUAAAUCUGAUAACAUGAUGAAGGCAGAAUUAGUCAAAAUAACAGAAAAAGGUGGACUUAUAAGCACCGAAGGGGUUGAGAAAUUGGUGAACUUAUUGCAGCAUGAUAGACCCGAGAAUAAAAUAGAUGUUUCUGGUCGGAUACUGGUUGCAAAUGUGAUUGCAGCCACUGAUCGUUAUGAUUGCCUUGGCAGGUUUGUGCAGCUUAAGGGUGUGCCAGUCUUGAAUGAUUGGCUCCAGCAGGUGUACAAGUCUAAGGCUGGUGAUGGUACUAGUCAUAAAGAAAGUGAUAAAGCUGUUGAGGAGCUUCUCUUGGCUCUUCUUUGUGCACUGGCUAAAUUGCCUGUCAACCUUAAUGCUCUGCAGGCUUGUAAUAUUGGUAAAUCUGUGAAUCACUUGCGGAGCCAUAAAAAUCCUGAAAUCCAGAAGAAGGCUAGGAGUCUUAUUGACACCUGGAAGAAACGAGUUAAUGCCGAAAUAACAAAGAUCAAUGAUGCCAAAUCUGUUGGAUUAGGCCAACCUGUUUGGCAAGUUAAGUCAGGUUCUUCUGAUGUUUCUCAUGUUGGAAACAGACGAUCUGGACCAACUGAUGUGGUUUCUAAGAGCCCUGUAACUCAUACUGCAUGUAAGUCUAGUAAGCCUGGACAUUCAGAUCCUAUUGUGAAGUCACCUUCAGCAACACAAGGGUCUUCGAAAGCAACAUCUAUUGCAACUGGCUCAAAGGAUUCACUUUGCAAAGCAGCUCAUCACAGUGGGGGUACAGAGAUGACACCAACAGCAGUCAAAGAGGAGAAGAGCAGUAGUUCCAGUCAUUCUCAGAACAAUAGCCAAUCUUGUUCUAGUGAUCAUGCAAAAACAGUGGGUUCCUCAUGGAAGGAAGACACAAGGAGUUCAAGUGCUGGGUCAAUUAAUGCUACUAAGGCCGCUGGUGCUUCAUCCCGUCAUCGAAGAUCGAGCAAUGGGGUUACUGUGACUAGUAUUUCUGGAGUUCAGAAGGAAACUCAUCCAAGUAAAUCUGGUUCUCUCAACCGAGCUGCAACAUUGGAAAAAUCAUCACAAUCAGGACUGACAUGUGAAAAACCAAUUGAUAUGCCUGCUGUAGAUCAUGGAAAUAACCACAGGCUUAUUGUCCGGCUUCCUAACCCUGCUCGAAGCCCUGCACGAAGUGCAAGUGGAGGUUCAUUUGAUGAUCCAUCAAUUUCCGGUAGCAGAGCAUCCUCUCCUGGGUUCUCAGACAAACAUGAGCACAGUGAUCGUAGAGUGAAGCCAAGGGUUGAUGCUUAUCAAUCUAACAUUGUCAUGGAUGCUAAUACAGAGUCAUGGCUGAGCAAUGAUGUAAAAGAAUUGCCAGUUGGAGCUGGAGGUGUUAGAUCACCAGCAGCUGAUGAAGAACACAUCAGGAGUGCUGGGGAAACUGGAAAGGAUACUGAGGCUCCAGGAGCUGCGUGUUCAUCUUCUGGAAAUGAAAAGGGUGUUUCCUCGACUGAAACCAGGACAAGAAGUUCUUUAAGUUCUAUAAUUGCCUUGAUUGAAAGUUGCGUCAAAUACUCUGAAGCUAGUGAUCCUUCAGCUGUUGAAGAUGAUGUUGGGAUGAAUCUGCUUGCUAGUGUGGCAACUGGAGAAAUCUCCAAGUCUGACUUAAUUUCUCCCACUGGCUCAGCUGGGGCAUCACCUGGGGCCGAAGACCCAUCUACAGAGGCCAAGUCAAGGUUAUCAAGUGCUGAUGAUUUGGCCCAGAGUCAUAUUGAAUUAGAUGAAGCCGCAGAUGCCGACUCCAUUAAGAAAGGGAAGAGUGUCAAUUCUAUUUCAACUGGGGAUGUUCCAUGUCAGGAUGGGACCAACUUUUUGGGAAACAGUGGAAAUGAUGUCUCCUUGCAGGAUAAUAAAUUGACAGGUGAGGAGGCUGAACAAUCUGCUUCUGGUUUGAGUUCUCACAAAACUAAAGACUCUUGUCCCAUACCUAAGCCGAAACUCGAGGAAGAAAGAGAUGGAAAUUUUUUGGUGUCCAAGUCAGCUGGAUUGGGGAAGUGGGAUAAUGAUGGAGUCCGUCCACUCGAGGAAAAGCAUAUAACAGGUUUGGACAAUUCUACUGAUUGCAAGCUUAAAGAAAGAAGCUCAAUGGAAGAUGAAAGCAAACCUAGGGAAUGUGCUCGUCAGAAGAUUGGAGAUGACAGUAUAUGUACCUUUGAGGUUGCUAACAAAGAUGGAUGUGAUCAUGACAUUGCUGCUCCAGGUAUCAAGAUAGAAAAGCUGGUCAUUGAGGAAUGUCAAUCAGGCCUUACUGCAAAAGUAGUGCCUGAGGUUGCACCCCAAUCUUGCCAGCAACAACCUCAGAUGCCUGUGAUUGUGGAGAGAAGUGAUAAUGAUGCUAUUUCAUCUGGUGUUCCUGAUGUUGCAUAUCCAGAAAAUGCUGAUGGGUCAAAGACUUCCAAGCCUGAUAACGUGGGGGUCAAUCACUUUGAGUCGAAUGAUAAACAUGAAUGUGACAGCCUCAACCUGUCUAAACUUGAUGAAUCAGUUAGACUAGCAACCACCUCCUGCAGUACUGCUUGUGCAGCUGAAGAUUUGAAAAUAAAGGAGUCUCUUGAAAGUUUAACUGUGGGAUCAGCCAGUCAAGAACCACCCUCAAGUUGUACAGCCCAAGAGAUGGAGAACCAAUCAAAACCUGCUGGUUCUAGGUUCUCGGGGGCUUUUGCGGAUGUGAAGGAGGAUCUUGCAUCAUCCCUGGAGGCCUCUUCAUUGGCUGUUAAAGCUGUGCCAGAUGUUGCUAGUAAGCUUGACUUUGAUUUGAAUGAAGGCAUCACCGGAGAUGAUGGAACCCAAGUUGAGACUUCUGUCUCUAUUUCAACCGUGUGUUCCUCUAUAGGUCAUUUGCCCAGCCUGUCUCUGUUCUCAAAUUCCAUGUUGACCGGGUUGCCUGCUCCAAUUACAGUAGCUGCACCAGCGAAAGGACCUUUUGUUCCACCUGAAAACUUAUUAAAGAGCAAGGAUGAGCCUGGAUGGAAAGGCUCGGCCGCCACUAGUGCUUUCCGGCCAGCAGAACCACGUAAAGUUCUGGAGGUGCCACUCAAUACUUCUGGAGUGUUGCUACCAUCUGAUUCUGCAGGAAAGCAGUGUCGUCCUCCUCUCGAUAUUGAUCUGAAUGAACCUGAUGAGAGAGCUCUUGAAGACAUGGCCACUCAGAGCUCUGCUAAGGCCAUGGGCUCUGAGCUGGGGACAGUGGGCAAUCUUGAUGCACCUGGACGAAUUUCUGGGGGACUUGAUCUUGAUCUAAAUAGGGUCGAUGAAGGUAUGGAAAGUGGCCAGUUCUUAGUGAGCACCUCCCAUAGGAUGGAGGUUCCACUUUUUGCCAUAGGACAAGCAUCAACGGAAUUUCCUAAUAGGGAGGCCAAUAUGUUAAGGGACUUUGAUCUAAAUAAUGGACCGGGCCUCGAUGAAGUUUGUGCUGAACCUGUAACGAGGAACCAAAAUACAAGAAGCACUGGUAGUGUGCCAUUCUUACCCGCAGUUGCUGGUGUCAGAAUGAAUCCUCCUGAAUUGGGUAGUGUAUCAUCGUGGUUUCCUCCUGGUGGUUCUUAUCCUGCUGUUGCUAUACCAUCCUUCUUGACCAACAGAGGAGAGCACCCUUACCCAAUUGUUGCAGCUGCAGGAGGCCAAAGAAUUUUGGGGCCAGUUACAGCUAGUGGUCCCUAUGGGGGAGAUGUUUACCGGGGCCCUGGGCUUUCAGCAUCUCCAGCCAUGGCAUUUGCUCCUGCUACGGCAUUUCCUUAUGCUGGGUUCACUUUCGGGUCCAAUUUUCCGCUUGCAUCAACUUCGUUUUCAGGUGGAUCGGCAACCUUUGUCGAUUCUUCGUCUGGAGCUGGUUCAGGUUUCCCUGCCAUUCCUUCGCCACUUGUUGGACCUGCUGGUGGCAUUUUAUCCAAUUAUCCGAGGCCUUAUGCGAUAGGCCCUCCUGAGGGUAGUGCCAGUGGUGGAUCCGACAACAGCAGGAAAUGGAUUACAUCAGCACUUGAUCUUAAUGCAGGUCCAGGAAAUGCAGAAGGAAAGGAUGACAGAUUGCCCUUGCCAUCGAGACAACUAGUUUCAAACUCCCAGGCUUUCAUGGAGGAACAGGUAAGAAUGUAUGCGGUGGCAGGAGGGGGUCUGAAGAGGAAGGAACCUGAGGGAGGUUGGGAUGCAGAUAGAUCUGCUUACAAGCAAAUCUCAUGGCAGUGAAGAGAUUUUAGAAGCAGCAAAUCAGUAGCAGUAUCCAAAUACAGCACACACAUAUGUGGAAUUCCUUGUAUUGGUUUGCACUAAGUUAUGCACUUAAAGCCGCAUGUGUCCUGAUGUUUCUUGAGGAAUAUGUGGAAAUCUUUCAGAGGAUUCUGAAACUUGCUGUAUUUCCUGUAAAUGUCGACACUCGUUGAAACAAAUUUUCAUGAGUUCAGCACUUUUGUCUUACGUUGCUUUAGCAUGUUCCAGCGUGUUUUCUGGGGAAACCCCUUGCAGGACGACGACAUUACUUUUGUCGAGUCUUUUUUAUUUAUCAUCUUAUCCAUUGGAGCCACUGCAA